CGACUCUGCAACUCUCACUGUCUCCACUCUCUCUCUACAAUGGCGGCGGCUGCUCCAAUCUUCAGAUCCUCCUUCCUGUCCCCCCAACCCUUCUCCCCCACCCCCUCCAACGCCUCCCGCCCCACCUCCUACUCCCCCCUCUCCAUCCGCGCCACCGCCACCUCCCCCGACCCUCCCGCCGCCGCCGCCGCCAAGCACCGCCGCCCCUCCAACGAGAACAUCCGCGACGAGGCGCGCCGCCACACCUCCUCCCACAACUUCUCCGCCAAGUACGUCCCCUUCAACGCGGAUCCCUCCUCCACCGAGUCCUACUCCCUCGACGAGAUCGUCUACCGCAGCCGCUCCGGCGGCCUCCUCGACGUGCAGCACGACAUGGACGCGCUGAAGAAAUUCGACGGCGAGUACUGGCGCUCCCUCUUCGACUCGCGCGUCGGCAAGACUACCUGGCCCUACGGCUCCGGCGUCUGGUCGAAGAAGGAGUGGGUCCUCCCCGAGAUCGACGGCGACGACAUCGUCAGCGCCUUUGAGGGAAAUUCCAACCUUUUCUGGGCUGAGCGUUUCGGCAAACAGUUUCUAGGCAUGAAGGAUUUGUGGGUCAAGCACUGUGGGAUUAGCCACACCGGCAGUUUCAAAGACCUAGGCAUGACUGUUUUAGUCAGUCAGGUCAAUCGCCUCCGGAAAAUGAACCGCCCCGUCGUUGGAGUCGGCUGCGCCUCCACUGGAGACACCUCCGCCGCCCUCUCCGCCUACUGCGCCUCCGCCGGAAUCCCAUCGAUUGUGUUUCUACCUGCAAAUCGGAUCUCUAUGGCUCAAUUAGUCCAGCCAAUUGCGAAUGGGGCUUUUGUAUUGAGCAUUGAUACCGAUUUCGAUGGAUGUAUGCAGCUAAUUCGUGAAGUCACAGCUGAAUUGCCCAUAUAUUUGGCUAAUUCAUUGAAUAGUUUGCGAUUAGAAGGGCAGAAAACUGCUGCGAUUGAGAUUUUGCAGCAAUUCGAUUGGCAAGUUCCCGAUUGGGUGAUUGUUCCCGGUGGAAACCUCGGAAACAUUUACGCCUUUUACAAGGGCUUCCAUAUGUGCAAGGAAUUAGGGCUUGUUGACAAAAUCCCUCGCCUUGUUUGUGCACAGGCUGCAAAUGCUAAUCCCCUUUACUUGCAUUACAAAUCAGGGUGGAAGGAUUUCAAGGCGGUGAAGGCCGGGACGACCUUCGCCUCCGCGAUUCAGAUUGGGGAUCCCGUCUCCAUCGAUAGGGCGGUGUAUGCAUUGAAGAAGUCUAACGGCAUUGUGGAGGAGGCGACAGAGGAGGAGCUGAUGGAUGCAAUGGCGCAGGCGGAUUCAACAGGGAUGUUUAUCUGCCCCCACACUGGCGUGGCGCUGACUGCUCUGUUCAAGCUGAGGAACAGUGGGAUCAUUGGGCCGAACGACAGGACUGUGGUGGUGAGCACUGCUCACGGGCUGAAGUUCACACAGUCGAAGGUGGAUUAUCACUCCAACGAGAUCAGUGAUAUGGCUUGCCGUUUUGCUAAUCCGCCUACUCAGGUGAACGCCGACUUUGGGUCGGUGAUGGAUGUGUUGAAGAAGUAUCUGUUGAGCAAGAAUUCGAAGCUGCAUUGAGAAGCGUUAAGUUUUUUUGCUCAUAAAACUAAGCAGGUUAGCUCUAGCAGUUGUUACUGCGGGCUUGAGUUUCUCUGUUGUUACUCUGUUUUUUCGACAGUUCUUGAUGAUGUACGAUUAGUAUGUUUUGAUGAGUUUUGUGGGAUUUUGAGAAGCUAACUGUGUCUGGAUAUGGAAUUUUGAUUUAAGGAGGUA